AUGGCAGCUCUUGCGACAAAACAGUCUCUCUUGUUGCUGUUGUCGUCUCUUCUGCUCUUGAUCGGUGUAUCCACCGGAAGUUUCUACGACAACUUCGAUAUCACAUGGGGGGAUGGUCGUGCCAACAUAUUUGAGUCUGGAGAGCUCUUGACAUGCACUCUCGACAAGAUCUCUGGCUCAGGUUUUCAAUCCAAGAAAGAGUAUCUAUUCGGAAAGAUAGAUAUGAAGAUGAAACUUGUUGCUGGAAACUCAGCAGGAACAGUCACUGCUUACUACCUUUCCUCUAAAGGCGAGACAUGGGAUGAGAUAGAUUUCGAGUUCUUGGGUAAUGUUACAGGACAGCCUUAUGUUCUCCAUACGAAUGUGUUCACAGGAGGUAAAGGUAACCGUGAAAUGCAGUUCUAUCUCUGGUUUGAUCCCACCGCGGAUUUCCACACUUACACCGUCCUUUGGAACCCUCUCAACAUCAUCUUUCUUGUGGAUGGAAUCCCGAUCCGGGUGUUCAAGAACAACGAGGCUCACGGUGUGGCUUACCCGAAGAGCCAACCAAUGAAGAUAUAUUCGAGUCUAUGGGAGGCUGAUGAUUGGGCUACGCAGGGCGGUCGAGUCAAGACGGAUUGGAAUAAUGCUCCAUUCAGCGCUUUCUACAGGAGUUUCAAUGAUGUGGACUGUUGUAGCCGGACUUCAAUAUGGAACUGGGUUACGUGCAAUGCGAAUAGCAACUCGUGGAUGUGGACUACACUUAACCCCAAUCAGGUUGGACAGAUGAAGUGGGUGCAAGAUGAUUACAUGAUCUAUAACUAUUGUACUGAUUACAAGAGGUUCCCUCAAGGUCUACCCACGGAAUGCAACCUCGGCUGA